CAUCGGUCGUUUUAUUACGCAUUUCACUAAAACGCAUUACCAUUGGAUAAUUUUCUUCCGCGCUUUCCCUAUACAAACAAGAUGGCUGGGGUUGUUGAACUCCAGAAAUUGAAGUUGGCUGAGCUCAAACAGGAGUGUGCUGUGAGGGGAUUGGCUGUGAAAGGAAACAAAGGUGACCUUAUUGGCCGGUUGCAGGCGUACCUUGAGGAGCAUGAUGAGGUGAACGAAGAGGAGGUUUUGGGAGAGUUGGAGGACAAUCCUAAAGAGGAGGAAAUCAGUGAAACACCUGCAGAAGUGGCAGUAGAAAAGGCAGCUGUACCUGAAAAGGAUGCUGAGAAGAAAGUUGUAAAAAUCACUGCCCCAUCAGUUGCGGAUGAGAGGCUGCAGAAGAGGGCAGAGCGUUUCAACCUGCCUGCUACUGCUGAUAGUAAGAAAGAGGCCCGCGCUGCCAGGUUUGGUUUACCGGCUCUAUCACCGGCUUUCAAACCAGGUGCAUCAGUUGCAAAUAGUAAACUAACUGUCAGCGUUGAGGUCCUGAAGAAGCGGGCAGAGCGCUUUGGCAUGAAUGUGUCCUCUGUCGCCAAAACGGUUGAAGUCGACGAGAAGCUGAAAAAGAGGAAGGAGAGGUUUGGGAUUCUCACUGCUGCUGCUGUAGUUGGGGCCGAAGAUAGCGAGGUAAAGAAGAGGAAACGAGCAGACCGAUUUGGAAACAAUUGAUUCAAUUUUAUAUUUGUACUUUUUUAAUGAUUUAAUUUUGUAUUUUUUUAAAACUCGUUACUCUUGUUUUACAGUGGUAAAAUACCAACCUGUGCUGUUCAGUAAGAAAUAAUCUUUACCUUAUGUAAAAGUUGGAAAUUAAAGAUCUUAUCCAAUUUCCCACAAGUGUCCUAACAACCCUUGAGUAAACUUGUCCUAUUGCUGUUGGGAAAUAAGUCUGUGUACCCCUUCAGGUGUUAAAGGAACUCCUCCAGGGGAGGGAUGGUCCUGCUGUAUCUGCUCUGCUCUCGAGGGGAGAAAGGGCUGAUGUUCCCUGGCAGGGAUUUUAAUAACUAAACAACAUAUAGCUAAACCUGUCAAUAGUUUCCUGCAAUCCAGGUGUUGUGGUACCACUACACCAGGUUUGUGACAUGUCACUCAGUGGACAUGCUGUAACAAGUGUGGAGGCACUAAGCUACUUUUCAGUUGGGAAUUCAUUGUUAUAUCAGAUACGCACUUCAAUAGUUUGCCCGUUUGGAUUCCUGGCUGCACACUUAUGCUAACUUCAUAAUGAUAAAUGCAUCAUCUUACAGUAAUUUAAUAGUGCUACAAAAUACAUUUCAGACACUUUGGGAUGAUUUAGGCAUAGCAUUUCAAACAUGAAGUAUUGACUUGGCAUUGAUUUUUGAACAUAAACGCUAGUUGGCAUUUGGGGUUGUGAGCCAGGGUAAACAAAAGCAUGGAUUGUUGUGGUCUCUGCUUUUCCAAAGACUCCUUUCAUAUUGUUUUAAUUACACUGUGAUUUUUAAUUUGGAUGAACUAUCCCUAUAACACGUUUGCUAAGUGGGUUUGUAAACAGUUAAUAAUGAAUAGAUCAUUUCUAGAUCUGUAAUAAAACAUGACUGUUAUUGGA